AUGCUGGAUGCGAGUGAGCUUGGGGCGGGGUUCCGGAUUGCGAUGAAGGACCUGGAGAUACGCGGGGCGGGGAAUAUCCUGGGCGCGGAGCAGAGCGGGAAUAUCCAUGCGGUGGGGUUCGACCUGUACACGCGGCUGCUGUCGAAUGCGGUGGAGGAGCUGCGGGCGCGCGGGGAGGGAGCGGGUGUCAGCGGUCAGCAGUCAGCGGUCAGCGGUCAGGGGGCGAUGGCGAAUGGGACUGCUUCUGAGCUUCCUAAUGGCAGGGGCAGGGCGGUUGAUGGGAGCGCGACAAGGGAGGCGGAGCGGGUUGAGCCGACGCUGGAUAUCGGGAUACCGGCGAGCAUACCGGAGGAGUAUAUCGAGGAUUUGCCGGCGCGACUGCGGAUGUACCAGCGGAUUGUUACGCUGGGGAUUUCUGUGUCCGGGGCUUCGUCAAGAGGUGAGGAGAAUGGACGCGGAGAUUCGGCAGGCUCACCGGGAACAGGUAUUGUCCAAGAGGAAGGGGAGGAUGCUAUCAAGGCGGGGGUGAGCGAGAUUGAGGAUGAGAUGCGGGAUAGGUUCGGGCCGCUGCCAUGGCAGGCGGUGAAUCUCUUAUAUGUUACGCGGCUACGGCUGUAUGCGAGGGAGGCGGGGAUCGAGUCUGUGACGCGGGAGCGGAACCGGGUGGUGCUGCGGUAUGGCGGGGAUAUUGGAGGGGCGCGGCGCGCGAUGGAGCGGGUGCUGGGGCGGCAAGCGGAGAUUGGGAAUACGCAGGUGCGGCUGCCGAUGGAUGCGCUGGGGGCGGACUGGGAGGGUGCGCUGGAGACGGCGCUGAGGGCGCUGGCGGAGUUCACGCGGCGGAUGGUGGCGGCGCAGAUGGCGAGGGUGGGGGCUUAG